AUGGCUGGCGGAAAAGGCAAAUCCACUGGUGGGAAGGCAGGACCCAAAGAGAGUCCACCGCAUAAGCAGAAGUCGCACUCUGCCAAAGCUGGUCUACAAUUCCCCUGCGGCCGUGUCAAGCGUUUCCUAAGAAACACCACGCAGAACAAGAUGCGCGUUGGCGCCAAGGCCGCCGUCUAUGUCACCGCCGUACUCGAAUACCUCACAGCCGAAGUCCUCGAGCUUGCCGGUAACGCCGCCAAAGAUCUCAAAGUCAAGCGUAUCACUCCUCGCCACUUACAGCUUGCCAUUCGCGGUGAUGAAGAAUUGGACACCCUGAUUCGCGCGACCAUCGCCUUCGGAGGUGUGCUGCCGCAUAUCAACCGUGCUCUGUUGUUGAAGGUGGAGCAAAAGAAGAAAGGGAAAGGCGAAGCUUGA